UCCUGUCAGCUGAUUGGUCAGUCUGUGUUGCUUUUCCCGCCCCUGCUAGGUGAGCCCUCCCUCUCCUCGUGCCUCCCAGAAGCUUCCAGGUGGUUGUUGUCCGGCUCGCGCUGUGAGAAUGAUCGGUCAGCAGGUGUUAGUGCUCAACCAGAACGUGAAGAGAGAGUCUGGACGGAAAGUCCAGACCGGGAACAUCAAUGCUGCAAAGACCAUUGCAGAUGUGAUCAGGACCUGCCUCGGCCCCCGGGCCAUGAUGAAGAUGUUGCUCGACCCCACAGGAGGAAUUGUGAUGACAAACGAUGGAAACGCCAUCCUCAGAGAGAUCCAGGUUCAGCAUCCCGCAGCCAAGUCCAUGAUAGAGAUCAGUCGCACACAGGAUGAGGAGGUGGGAGACGGGACCACGUCUGUCAUCAUACUGGCGGGAGAGAUGUUGUCUGUAGCGGAGCAGUUCCUGGAGCAGCAGAUGCAUCCGACCGUCGUCAUCAGCGCCUACAGACAGGCUCUGGAGGACAUGUUGGAGACUCUGAAGGAGAUCAGCACCCCUGUGGACACAGCAGACCGCUCCAUGAUGCUGAAGAUCGUCCACUCUGCGAUCAACACCAAGGCUCUGAGCCGCUGGUCAGAGCUGGCCUGUGGCAUCGCUCUGGACGCUGUCCGCACCGUCGAGCUCGAUGACAACGGACGCAAAGAGAUCGACAUCAAGAAGUACGCCAAAGUGGAGAAGGUUCCAGGAGGGAUCAUUGAGGACUCAUGCGUCCUCAGAGGAGUGAUGGUCAACAAAGACGUGACUCAUCCCAGGAUGAGACGCAUGAUCCGAGAGCCGCGCAUCGUCCUGCUCGACUGCUCCCUAGAGUACAAGAAGGGCGAGAGCCAGACGGACAUAGAGAUCAGUAAGGAGGAGGACUUUGCUCGGAUCCUGCAGAUGGAGGAGGAGUACAUCCAGCAGAUCUGUGAGGACAUCAUCCGCAUCAAACCAGACCUGGUCUUCACUGAGAAAGGCAUCUCAGACCUGGCUCAGCACUACCUGGUGAAGGCGAACAUCACAGCGAUCCGCAGAGUGAGGAAGACUGACAACAACCGCAUCGCCAGGGCGUGCGGAGCUCGUAUCGUCAGUCGGACCGACGAGCUGCGUGAGGAGGACGUGGGCGUGGGGGCAGGGCUGUUCGAGGUGAAGAAGAUCGGAGACGAAUAUUUCACCUUCGUCACCGAGUGUAAAGAUCCUAAAGCCUGCACCAUCCUGCUGAGGGGGGCGAGCAAGGAGAUCCUGGCUGAGGUGGAGAGGAACCUUCAGGACGCCAUGCAAGUGUGUCGUAACGUGCUGUUGGACCCCUUCCUGUUGCCGGGCGGAGGCGCCGUGGAGAUGGCAGUGUCAAAGCGUCUGACGGAGCGAUCCCGCGCUCUGACUGGCAUCGAACAGUGGCCGUACCGUGCUGUGGCCCAGGCCCUGGAGGUCAUACCCCGGACCCUGAUCCAGAACUGUGGAGCCUCCACCAUCAGAGUCCUGACCUCACUUCGGGCCAAACACACUCAGGAGAACAGUGUGUGUUGGGGCGUCGACGGAGAAACUGGAGCUCUGUCCGAUAUGUCAUCUCUGGGGAUCUGGGAGCCACUUGCUGUCAAAGCUCAGACCUACAAGACCGCCGUCGAGACGGCCAUCUUGUUGCUGAGAAUCGAUGACAUCGUCUCCGGUCACAAGAAGAAAGACAAAGACGAGCAGAUGGGAGGACAGGGAGCCGAGUAGAUCCACAUCGGUCCUGAUUGAUCCUGAUCGAUCCUGAUCAGUCCAUGUUGAUACAGAUCUCCAUCAGAGUCACUCUGGCAGUCUGUGUGUUUGUGUGUGUAUGUGGGGACCAGACUCACUGAAACUUAAUUCAAGCUGUCAAUAAAGUUUAAGUUAGAAACCUGA